GGCCAUAUAAUAAGAGGAAAAUAGGUUGUUGGUAAAUCAAUGUGGGAGAUCGAGGCGAUUCAAUAAAAGAAUCUCAUUUGGAAAAAAAAAAUCAAGUCUUGACCCGCACCGGAGUAGUUGUUAUGGAAUCGGCGGCGGCGGCGUCACCCUUUAGGUCGGAUAUCCUCCGGGGACAAGUUGCGCUCCUGACCGGCGGCGGCUCCGGCAUCGGAUUCGAGAUCGCCACUCAGUUUGGCAAGCAUGGUGCCUCCAUCUCCAUCAUGGGCCGCCGCUCCUCCGUCGUCCAAUCCGCCGUUUCUUCUCUUCGGUCCCUCGGAAUCCCCGCUGUUGGGUUUCAAGGAGAUGUGAGAGUAGCGGAAGAUGCAAAGAGAGUUGUGGAGUCGACAGUGACACAUUUUGGGAAGCUGGACAUUCUGGUCAAUGCUGCUGCUGGCAAUUUUCUUGCUUCCCCAGAGGACUUGUCUCCCAAUGGCUUCCGAACCGUGUUGGAUAUUGAUGCAGUGGGCACAUUCACAAUGUGUCACGAAGCCAUUAAGUAUCUAAAGAGAGGAGGUCCCGGACGGGGGAGUAGUAGUAAUAACGCGUCAUCAGAUUCUUCUUCUUCUUCUUCUUCUUCUUCUUCAGGUGGAUUAAUACUAAACAUUAGUGCCACUUUGCAUUACACAGCCACUUUUUAUCAGAUACACGUAGCUGCAGCUAAGGCUGCGGUUGAUGCGUUGACCAGGAAUCUGGCACUGGAAUGGGGCACAGACUAUGAGGUGAGGGUGAAUGGGAUAGCGCCGGGUCCCAUAGGGGACACCACUGGGAUGAGGAAACUUGUGCCUCAAGAGAUAACAACAAAGGAGGGCGGGAUGAUGCACCGGGGGCCUCUGUAUAGAGUUGGGGAGAAAUGGGAUAUUGCCAUGGCGGCUCUCUACCUUGCCUCCCAUGCUGGGAAAUAUGUGAACGGGACAACGAUGAUAGUGGAUGGAGGACUCUGGCUGAGUCAGCCACGGCACCUCCCUAAAGAUGCGGUCAAGCAGCUCUCCCGGACGGUGGAGAAAAGAUCCAGAGACGCGCCCGUUGGCAUCCCUAGUAAACUCUGACUCACUCUCCUCCGCUCCCGUCCUCCCCGGCCGGCCACUAGAUAGAUAGAUAGAUAGAUAGAUGAUCGAAAUUACUUGCCAUGCAUUUUCUUCGGAAAUUAUUUAAAUGCGUGUUAUAAUAAUAAUAAUAUUUUUCGUUUCACUGAAUAAAAAUGCAAGUGAUAA